AGUCGUUCUACUAUAGUGCCGUGUUGUGUUAGACGUCCUUAGUACCUAAUGAACAGCCGUUUGAUGAGCUCUGUCUGUCAUCGGAUUCCGCUUGUUUAGUAUCGAGUUUUCCUUUAGUAUUAAAAUCGCUAGAAGUGUCUUAAUGUUGUGUUAAGAAAUAUUGUAUCCAUAUAGUUGUGUAGAUUUUCGUGAAUCAAAUUGAUUAUAUUAUGUGAAAUACGUGGAUACCUCGGACUUAAAUAGUAAAAAAUUCGUUCGUUAAAGUCUCUUACUAUGCUUGCCAUGGCGAAUUUAAUUCAUAUCAUAUUUUUGUUUGGAAUAUGUAUUUCGGCGAUUAAUGGGCAAACUCUUGUAGAACAAGAGUUCAUACCAUCCGUUACGGCGACAUGCAAAGCUGGGUACAUGACGAUUAAAGUUGCCACAAACCAGCCUUUCUUCGGAGCUGUGCACGCCAGAGACCACCGAACGGCCAGCUGCUUAGGCUACGGCAACGGUACCAAACUUACCACGCUUAGUAUCAAUCUAUUUGCCAACCAAGGGACUUCAGACUACUGUGGUGUGUUCGCCAACAAUAGAACUGAAGAAAGAUCAGUACCAAUUGCUAUCAGAAUUCAUAGAACCUUAGAACUUGCAGACGACAAGUUUUAUGUUAUUACAUGUGGAAAAGCUGGAUUUAAAAAUUCCAAAAAUGAAACAUCGUUGGUGUCACUGAAAUUCCUCGAGAAUGGAAAGAGAACACAGGAAGUUGUAUAUAGUCAUCCGUAUACGUUGAGAGCUGAAAUAUCAAGACCAGACGGAACCCAUGGAAUACGAGUUAAGAAUUGUUUUGCGUUUAGCAAAAAGAACAACAGCGUCAAUCUCAUCAACGAGCGCGGAUGUCCAAUUAAUUCUAAAGUCAUUACACCAUUCAUAUAUGAUACUAAAACCGGACAUGCAGAUGCUAUAUUAACAUCGAUGUUCCGGUUUCCGGAUAGUUCAGAAUUACAUUUCCAAUGCGACAUCGAGGUAUGCCGAGGUGUAUGCACCGAACCUGAUUGCGAUGAUGUAUCCAGCAACUCGUUGGCCUUACAGCAAUCAAAAGACGUGAAAGGGGAAGCUCAGCAAGAAGAAGGGACGCUACUGGCAAGCACUAGUGUAUUUGUCUUACAGCCUGGUGAGACACCUCGUAGUUUAGGUUUAUGUGACGAUUCUUCUGAAGGAGGUAUUCGACCACCAUGGUUGCUUUACUUGUGCAUAGCAUUUGGACUGAUGUUUCUGAUUAUGUUGAUAAUCAAUGUAUUCCUGUGCUCGGCAAUGACGUGCUCUUGUGCACGUACCGAUAUCAUUGAAAAAGAACCUAGUAUCAUUGAAGACUACGACCCUUAUCGCAGUUGGCACGGUUCCCAAUAUGGAUCCAGGUAUUCUUUGAAUGGUAAACCGGGAUAUGUAUCUGGAGGAUCAACGAUGAACUCGACGAGGUCCAUGUCAACUAACAGCGACCACUAUGCUAUUGUACACUCUAGGCCGGGUAGCCGGUAUUCGGGAACGGCAAAGCAUCAACCGCAUAUGAGAGGACCACCAUCACACAUGGGAUCACAUUAUUCCGGAAAGAUGUAAAUAUUUAAGAAUGAAAUGUUUCAUUAAUUGAGAUAAAGUUGGAUUACUAGAAAUACAAACACAACUAGACCAACACAAUUGAAUUUAUAUAUAUUUGCUGUAAAUAUAAAUGUGAAGUAUUUCUCCGGAAAAAGUUAAUUGUAUUAUUAUUGUCUCAGAAACUUAGUUGCCAUUUUAUUUUUCUACGAUAAUUCAUUAAUAAUGACAAAAUGAUAGUCGCUAUUAAUACAAUAUAAAUAACUGAUUUAUAUACGUUUUUACUUAGGUAUAAGUAUUAUGUAUUUUAUAUAUUAACUUCCUACUGUUGAUUUUAAGAGUAUAUUAAAAAAGUUCGCAUAUAUAAUAUGAUUUUGUACUUAAUUUUGUGUAAAAUAAUACAAAUUCUUAUAACUAAUCAUGUGACAAUAUAUUUUUAGUUUAAUUCAA